AUGCCUAACCUCCCCUCCCCGCCCUCGCCCGUCUCUUCGGGCAAGAAGAGACCUCAUCCAUCCAGCGAGACGCCACCCACUCAAUCCGAUCCUGCGAACGCCUCGCGAGAUAACCCCUCUACCUCAGCCGCCGUCCCCUCCACAUCACCCGCCCUCUCAACCACACAUUCGACCGCCACCGUGGCUUCGACUGCUUCUUCCUCAUCCUUCCGAAAUGUCUCGGCCUGUAAUCGCUGCCGGCUGCGCAAGAACCGUUGCGACCAGCGGCUUCCGCGAUGCCAGUCUUGUGAAAAAGCUGGAGUUCGCUGCGUCGGAUACGACCCUAUCACGAAGCGGGAGAUCCCGCGUAGCUAUGUAUAUUUUCUAGAGACUCGGGUCGCCUAUCUGGAGAAGCAACUAGCAGAGCACAAUAUUGAGUUCAAAAAAGCCGUUGCUUUCGACGAAGAGGAAGCCGUCAAGACGGAGACCGAAGGCGAUACGGCGCAAACUGGUUCUGCCGCCGAUGGCCCAGGUACCGAGGGUGCAGAUAAGUCAUGGAAGGGCUCGGCGAUCAAGGAGGAGGCUGAAGGAUCGGUUCAGAGAGCAGAUGGAGAUCAAGGCCGAGAUACGGACGGGAAUCGCGAUGCUGCAAACGAGGACAACUGGCGACUGCAUAAUCUGGUGUCAAAUAUUGGUAUGGUUUCCGUGCAGGGAACCUCUGAUCCUCGAUAUCUCGGCUCAACUUCGGGUAUCUCAUUUGCCCGAGUUGUCUUUGCUGCGGUACGAAGUUCGCUCCCAGGAAAUGUGCCCGAGCGUGCUCCGAUCCGUCCCAGUGAGCGUCUGCCGCAGACGGCUGCUGGUCCUGCUGGAGGUAGCAUGCGCGACUCAUUCUUCGGACUCCAAACGAGGCCGAUGAUGAAACGCGCUGCUUUCCCAGAUCGCGAGCUUGCUGAGCGUCUGGUGGACCUUUACUUUGAACACGCAAACCCUCAAAUGCCCAUCCUCCAUCGUGGAGAUUUCAUGGAACUUCUCGACCGCACAUACCUCUUGGAAGAGAAAAAUCGUUCUCCUCGCGCCCUAUAUGUCCUCAACAUCGUGUUUGCCAUUGGUGCAGGUAUCAUUUUUGAGGACAAGCCUCAGGGUUCGGAUGAAGAGGACCACGCAGGCCGUGACCGAGCUUCAUCAACGACGAAGAGGUUACGAUUGUCGAAUCACCAGUAUCAGCCCGAGGAGUACCAUGCCUCUGCAAUCGUUCAUCUGGAAUCUUUCCUUGGCUCAUCAUCUAGCGAAGGUUUUGGUGGCUUGGAAGAGCUUCAGGCAGUGCUUCUGCUGGCCAGCUUUGCCUUGCUUCGUCCGGUUGCCCCUGGUUUGUGGUAUAUUGUCGGUGUUGCAAUGCGCUUGGCUGUUGACCUCGGACUUCAUUAUGAAGAUGGCGUUGGGUUGACCACUAAAGACGGAAACCAAGUCCAGCCCCGCAUCGAUGCCCGUGAGCGAGGCCGGCGCGAAUGGGUGCGUGAUCUACGGCGCCGUUUGUGGUGGUGUACAUACAGCUUCGACCGUCUGGUAGCCACGUGCGUUGGUCGACCAUUCGGCAUCAGCGAUCAGGCUAUCAGCACGGAAUUCCCAUCCAUGAUGGAUGACAAGUACAUCACCAAAUCCGGCCUCGUGACGCCUCCCGACGGAGCUCCAACGUACAAGCACGUCGCUUUCCACUACUUCAAAUUACGCCUUCUCCAAUCCGAAAUUCACGACGUCCUUCAAUAUCAACAGGCCCGUGCUGUUCGCAGGCGAGCAUCUGAAAGUGCUACGAUUCUUCCCCACGCCGAACUAACAUCACCUUUCCUCCAAGGCUUCGAUUCAUUCCGUUCAUGGCGUCAUGAUGUACAUCGUCGCUUGGUGGAGUGGAAUGAGUCUGCGCCAACGCGUCCUGAUACGGGUGUACGCUUUUCUAUUGAGCUUUUGGAGCUGAAUUACUGGCAGGCGAUUAUUUUGUUGUAUCAACAGAGUUUGACGGUGCCUGCAGAGUUGGCUUCAGAGCUGACACCCGCGGAUGACGUGUCUAGUCCGUCUUUCUCCAAUCCUGAGGAGGGCGAUGAUGAGGACCAUGUCUACUUGAAUGUUGCAGAGGCGGGUCAGAAAGUCAUUCGAAUCUAUCGACAGUUGCACCGUGUGCGAUUGGUGAACUACACUUAUCUUGCUACGCAUCAUAUCUUCAUGGCUGGAAUAUCCUUCCUAUAUGCUAUCUGGCAUUCGCCGUUGGUUCGCAGUCGAUUAACACUUGACGAGGUUGAUUUUACUGUGCUUGCAGCGACCUCUGUUCUCGGUGACUUGAUGCACAAGUGUCCCCCCGCCGAGAAUUGCCGGGAUGCCUUUGAGCGUAUGAGCAAGGCUACCGUCCAAAUGUGCCUGUCAACCACUGGCUUUGGAUCACAGGUUGAUAUGUCCCGAAUCCAAGCGGCUGCCCACGGUGCAGGUAAUCUGUAUUCAGGCCGGCGCCAGGCAAUGAACCAGAGACACCAGGGAGGGCAGGGCCGACGCUCGAAUCAAUCUCGGACAGCACGACCGGUGCCCAAGUUCGACAUGAAUUUGGCCGAUCUGUUCAGUGACACCAACACACCUCUGGCCGACAGGUCUCGAACCGACAGCAGGCCCCUAGGUACCAACUACGCUGUUCGACCAGAGACUGCAGAGGCUAUUGCACCCGGUCUAACGCGACCAUUCGCGCAACGCACUCCAUCCAUGGAGUACUUUAUGAAAUACGAAGGUCAAACAUCCCCACAAGCCCAAGCCCAGGCCCAUCCCCAGUUCUACUAUGGCAACUCCCCACCACAGAGUGGCUCUCCAGGCAGCGUUGCUCAUUCGGCCGGUGGACCCCAUGGUCUACCACACACAGAAAUGGAGAAUCAGCAAGGCGUUAGCUUGGACUUUUUGGACUUUGCGUCCGGCGAUCCUGAGAACCAGACUAUGGGGCAAGACCCUAAUGCCGAGUAUAAUCUUGCAGGCAUGCCUACCCUCGGUCAAAACGUGGGUAUUGACCUUGGAUUCGGCAUGGCCAUGGACUUCCAGCAUGAUUGGAGCGAAAAUCCCAACUACGAUAUCCUCGAGGGAUAUUUCUUUGGUGGUUCCGGAGCCGGCGCACCUGGCGGGGAUGCGUAA